CCACUUGUGGCCACUUCUGUGAGACCUGGAUGCUUGGGGAGACUAUUCUCACACGCCCAAAAAGACUGACAAGUACAAUUUGUAUACGUUUUUUUUUUUAAACCAAUCUAUUGAAAGAAAAUGAUUGAUGCUGUCAAAUCUGACAGCUGCUUCUUUUUAAACUUUUUAAAAUAUGAUUGAACACGUUGAUGGGGAACAUAUUUAUGAUUUUUAUACAUUGUAUCUUUUAUUUAUACUUUUCUAUCUUGAUGAUGCCAAAGUUGACUGAGAUUAUGCUUAUUUUUACGAGAGGCAUGUGGUGUCAUGAUGGUGAAUGCACACAGGUAGAAAUUGGUCAACGUUCUUGAGCAUUCAAAUUUGAGGAAACUUUUUUUUCUCAGUAUUUUAAAGACACAUUUGAGAGGAUUCAUGAGAGUCACUCAAGUGUCCUGUGAAACUUUAUCGAGACUUUCCCUCCCAGUGGAGCGGUACCACCGGAGUUGACCGCAUCUCUUCCCGGGAUCAGCGACAGGACGACGGCUGCCUCAUGAUGAGCUGUCAACGGGUCCUCACCUACCUGCGGAUAUUUGGUACCACCAUGUUUGGCGUGUCCCUCUUGGUGGGCAUCUCCACAGCCUACAUCAUGGGCUACCAGUUCUUCACCACAGCCCACAACCACCUAUCCUUUGGACUGUAUGGAGCCAUCUUGGUUGUCCAUCUCAUUAUCCAGAGCCUCUUUGCACUCUUAGAACAUCGAAAUAUGAAGCGGUCAUUAGAGACACCAAUCAAACUGAAUAAAUCUUUAGCGCUGUGUAUUGCGGCGUAUCAAGAGGACCCAAACUACCUGAGGAAAUGCCUGGUGUCAGUGAAGAGGCUGACGUACCCUGGAAUCAAAGUCAUCUUGGUGGUCGACGGGAACUCAGAUGAUGAUUUGUACAUGAUGGAAAUUUUCAAAGAGAUCAUGGGAUGGGACAAGGUCGCCACCUAUGUGUGGAGGAGUAACUUUCACAGCAGGGGACCCGAGGAGACGGAUGAGAGCUACGCCGAGAGCGUUCAGCAGAUAUACAGACUGGUGCUCAACAACAAGUGUGUGUGUAUCAUGCAAAAGUGGGGAGGCAAACGAGAAGUCAUGUACACAGCCUUUAAAGCACUUGGGAGGAGUGUUGACUAUGUCCAGGUGUGUGACUCUGAUACCAUGCUGGAUCCAGCAUCAUCGGUGGAGAUGGUAAAGGUUCUUGAAGAGGACCCUAUGGUUGGAGGUGUUGGAGGAGAUGUACAGAUCCUAAACAAAUAUGAGUCGUGGAUCUCCUUCUUAAGUAGUGUACGAUACUGGAUGGCCUUCAACAUUGAGCGGGCUUGUCAGUCUUACUUUGGCUGCGUGCAGUGCAUCAGCGGGCCUUUGGGAAUGUACCGGAACUCGCUUCUGCAUGAGUUUCUUGAGGACUGGUACAAUCAGACCUUCAUGGGAUCACACUGCAGUUUUGGGGAUGACCGCCACCUUACGAACAGAGUGCUCAGUCUUGGAUAUGCAACCAAGUACACUGCACGGUCAAAGUGCCUGACAGAGACACCGAUUACUUACUUGAGGUGGCUGAAUCAGCAGACUAGAUGGAGUAAGUCCUAUUUCCGAGAAUGGCUCUACAACUCCAUGUGGUUUCACAAACAUCAUCUCUGGAUGACCUAUGAGGCUGUGAUCACUGGGUUCUUCCCAUUUUUUCUCAUUGCCACUGCAAUCCAACUAUUCUACCAAGGAAGACUAUGGAAUAUUCUGUUGUUUCUUCUCAUUGUACAGGCAGUCGCCCUGAUCAAGUCAACAUUUGCCAGCUGUCUCAGAGGCAACAUUGUCAUGGUGUUUAUGUCCUUUUAUUCUGUACUGUACAUGUCAAGCCUGUUGCCAGCCAAAAUGUUUGCAAUUGCAACAAUCAACAAGUCUGGGUGGGGGACCUCUGGGAGGAAAACAAUAGUGGUAAACUUCAUUGGUCUAAUUCCAAUAUCAGUUUGGUUUACCAUCCUUUUCAUUGGGAUCAUCUACUCCACAAUUCUGCAGACUAGAAAACCCUUCCCUGAAUCAGAAAUGCUGAUUCUGAUUAUAGGGGCGGUUGUCUAUGCCAGUUACUGGGUGAUACUUUUGUCUUUGUAUGCAGUGCUCAUAUGCAAAUGUGGUAAGAGAAAGAAGGAAACACACUAUGAUAUGGUGCUGGACGUAUGACUUCUUUACUACAACACUCCUUAUUUACCACAGAGAUGGUAGUUUCCCUGAAGAUGCUCUUCUGAUAAGCCAAGCAUCUCUGGAGUUGAGUGUUGAGUUAAACUGCAGUGGGCAAAACCAAAAUACUCAAACUUGAAUGGCAAGAAUUAAAAAAAAUGACAGUGCUGCUUUGUGUUCUUUCAGGCGUACAAUAGCAUUCAAAAUUGGGGGACAACACUAUCAAUUAGACUGCCAAUAUUUAUUUUUAAUGGUUUUGUUCAUCUGAAGAACAGCUUCUAUAGGCUUGCUACUGUUAGUGAUGAUGACUCAGUAUGGCAAGAGGAACCAUUGUUUUGUUGGCAGCAAGAAUGCAAGACUUUGUAUCGAUAGCUACCUCGUAGACUUGUCAUGUUCACUGGGCUUCACUAUUACUUUAGCAUCUCAGCCAAAGAAACUGUGGAUCACGCUCAUUAAGGUUUUCCUCAACUGUUAUAUACACUUCAACUCCAGAGCCGAAUUUUGCAAAUUUGUUGAGCCGAACUACAAAAGUAACUAAUCAGGUUGUUUUUUAGUUCCGCCAUCAAUUACACAAUAUUGAGCUUGGGAAUAUGAAUGGUACAUACGGUAUCAAUAUGAAAAAACACAUGGGAAUAAUUUCUUUGCAUAAUCCUAGUUGUUCUGGAUGCCAUAUAAUGUUGUACCUUGUCAGUGUUUUAGGAAGAGCCAAAUUAGGCAGAGUUAAAGUUUGCAGAAUCGGCUAUAAAACUGAAAGCUGCUUUCUUUCUGUUAUUGUUUUCAAGUCAUAUGGGGACAAUCUUGUACAGUUCACCUUCUUUACUUGAUGAACAAGUAAAUAUCUUGGUGAAACUAAUUACUCCACCAUAUUCUGACAAGGCAGCACUUGCUGAGUGUUAAAUAUACUGUAUAUAUACUUUAUACUGUUAUAUACCAAUACCAUUUUUUUUCAAAGAUAAAACAAAUUAUUUAAAAAUAAAUUACAUGCAAGUGCACAUCUGUUCGCAGUCAUUGUGCUGUGAAUGAAAUCAAAGCAAAAUAAUCACUCGGCAUGUAAUCAAAUCCAUGAAAACAGACUUCUGAAUGUGAUAAGUGAGAAGUGUACACCCAUAUGACUUGAACGCGGUAUCUUUCGAUACGUUUACAAAGUGAAGAAUCUCAAACUGAUCACUGAUUGGUAGAUCUAAUCUCCGCCAGAUCAAGUGAACAUGUGACCAGAAGAGAGACUGUGUGUAAUUGCUGCUGUGACAAUGUAAUUUUUGUUUCUGCUAAUUAUUUGUUGAAAAAAUGGGUUUAAGACUAUAUUUUUUAUCAAUUUCUUUUUUUUCAAGUUGAAUGAAAAACCGCCAAUCCAAAGAUCUCGUGAUUGAUGCUUUCCACAUAUUCUUGUGCUCACUUACUUUCAUCAUGGUAGGUUUCGCUACGUGUUUCUGCUUCACCGUGAUGAAGAUGAAAUGUUUCACUUGGAGGGAGGAAGCAAAUGUUACAACAUAACGGGAAUGCUGAUAAAAAGAAAGUGAAUAAAUGAGGAGAGGAACUACAAUUCUGGAGAGAAAUGUGUUUGCUAUAAGAAAGCCAGGAGAAGACACGAGUUUAACUCCUAUGCACUUUUACGUCUCUCCAUUGUCCUUUAUAAUGCAUGGUAUAAUCAAGAUGAACUACCUCAGUGGUUCUCCAUGCAGGAUGCCAUCCAAAGACUAAUGCAUUCUGAGGGCUCAUGUAAUUUAUGACCUGUUUGUUAAAUAUAAGUGUCCUUUUUAUACGCAGUAAAGCUGGAUUCCUCUGCCUCGUCUCGGCCUUUUGCUGUAGCUGUUUACUUAUUGUUGCCUGUAUUUCCGUGUAUUUUUAUAUUAAUAUAGACACGUUGAUUCUAUUUUGCUUUGCUACCAAAGAUUCUUUAUUUUCGUUCAUGUUUUUCUAAAAGAAACUGAAUAUAUAUUUUGUGCUGUCAACUGUUCUGACAUUGACUUGUUUAUCUGACCAAACAAUGUGAAGUUAUGAGCUGUUUUUUUUUUUUAUCUGCAAUAACGGCAAUAAAAAAAAAAAAAGCAAUUUGUAGGAAUAAAUUAUUGAAUUCAAGAGAGAAGAGGAACCUGUGAUUUUGUAGAAAAUCUGCAUAUUUAUAUUGAAGCAUUAUUUUUGCUUGUAGCAUUCUGGACAUGUAAGACUGUGCUCUUGUUGAGGAUACAAAGUUACGAUGCAAAACAAAAUAAAUACAUUAUAUUCUACAAUGUACCCUACUGCAAUUGUCAUGCUGAUUUAAUUACAUUUAAUAUGUGUGGCAAUGGAGGCAUGGGAUUUUCACAUAGGCAAAUAUUUCAUUAGUCAAGUGAACAUAAUUGGUGUCAUUUGAUUGUGGAGUUUAAAAAAACAGUUUUCACUGAAAAAUCUGUUGAUAAUCUGACAGGAAAACCAAUGCAGAUGCAUAACUGUCAAAAUAGACUUAUUUAAAAUCAAUCAGUAUACAAAUCCUGUUUUAUACUACAUAUAAGGUUCUUUACUUAACAAUAUAACAUGUUUUUUUUGUUUUUGUUUUGUUUUUUAACUUUGAUAAAC